AUGUCUAGAGUAAGAAGGUUCAAUUCGAAGAUACUAGGAUUCACAAAUGGUGAAUCUGCCUUUGAUGGUCUGACAAAUAGAUAUAAUCAAAAGAACAAAUGGUAUCAACAGAAUAUUAACUAUUGGGAUAUUGGACCUCUAGAUUUUCAUGAACAAGAGGAACUUAUUCAAAGAUUUGAACAAAAUAAUUAUUCAACUAACAAGUGGAUGAUAGACAUGAUGUCUGCAUUAUAUUUGGUUCUUGCAGGUCUAUUUUUGAUACUGGCCACAACAACAUAUCGAUCAAUCAGUUGUUUACUACUUGGUGAUGUCCAAUCCAUUUUAUGUUCAUGUAUAACGUUACGAUAUAACUUGACGAAUGAUUUUAUUGUAACACGACAAUUUAAACUAAGAGUCAAUAAUUCUACUAUAAACACAUUGAAUUUCGUUCUAUUAAUAUUAUUCGAAUGGAUUAUUGUAAACCACCUAGGAGGUCAGUUUAAGUGGCAAAUAUUUUUACAAAUUCCAUUGAUGCUAUUUAUCAUUACGUUGCUUAUAAGAAAAUGGAAUAACGAUAUGGAUGCUGAAUUAUCUGAAUUAAGAAAUCUCAAAUAUAAAUAUAAGAGUGCAUGA